AACCCGGAAGUUCCCUUUCGCCUUCCGGCCAGCUCCGCUCUGUGGGCCGUGGCGCAGCGGCAGCCGCGGGUGCGAGACAGGCGGCCAUGGUGCUCCUCACCGUCAUCGCGCGGGUGGCCGACGGGCUUCCUCUGGCCGCGUCCAUGCAGGAAGACGAGCAGUCUGGCAGAGACCUGCAGCAGUACCAAAGCCAAGCCAAACAGCUGUUCCGGAAACUCAAUGAACAGUCUCCGACCAGGUGCACCUUGGAAGCAGGAGCCAUGGCUUUUCACUACAUCAUUGAGCGAGGGGUAUGUUACCUGGUGUUGUGUGAAGCUGCCUUCCCCAAAAAGCUGGCCUUUGCAUACCUGGAAGAUUUGCACUCAGAAUUCGAUGAGCAGCAUGGAAAGAAGGUUCCAACGGUGUCCAGGCCCUAUUCUUUCAUUGAGUUUGAUACUUAUAUCCAGAAAACCAAACUAUAUAUUGACAGUCGCAGAAGAAACCUUGGCUCCAUCAACACAGAGUUGCAGGAUGUACAGAGAAUCAUGGUAGCCAACAUUGAAGAAGUUCUACAACGAGGCGAGGCACUUUCAGCUUUGGAUUCCAAGGCAAACAACCUGUCCAGUCUGUCGAAGAAAUAUCGCCAGGAUGCAAAAUAUUUGAACAUGCGUUCCACCUAUGCCAAGCUUGCUGCUGUCGCGUUCUUUAUCAUGUUGAUUGUCUAUGUGAGGUUCUGGUGGCUUUGAGAGGUUUCCAGGCACCAAAGAGGGACAGCUAGUAACACAGCAGAUGCAUAGUUGCAAGAUGCCAAGAUCACCGGAAUGUACAUUAGAAGCCCCAAAUGGGAUGACUGUACAGUGAGAAUUGCUGCUACUUUCCGGUGAAUCUUAAUUCCCAAAUGUCAAGGCUUCCUGGGUUUUCUUUUGCACUUAGAAGACGUGAAAUUUGUCCAUCCCACUAGCAGCACGAUUUCCAUCCCUAAUGUGAGAGGGAAGUCCUGAGUUGGCUUAUCAGGCUAAUUCGCAGCUUUUGCUUUGAUGCUGCAGUAGACAUCUCCUCCUCUCCUUGUAAAUGAUCUCAGCCCUCAUAGUAAGGGGACUCUAAUGAACAUUCCUGGUGCUAGUAAUAUUUUCUUAAGGGUCUGGAUCUUGCUACUUGUGCAGAAAUUCCUGUUUAAAGGCUGAGUCUUUACUGUACUUCCGACAUACUGACAUUACACCGUUAAUUUCUUAAACAGAUAGGAAAUUCUGCUUCAGUGGACUUCAUUAUUGUUAGAUAUAUUGAAUCAUUACACCAUUGAUUUAGAAAGUAGAUAAGAAAUUCUGCUCCAGCAGACUUCAUUAAGUCCUAAGUAUAAUGUUGAAAUAGUUGUCACAGAAUUAAAAUUACAAGCACGUAAUUCAUUUUCAUUUCAGAUAAAUCUAUGUUUUUAAAACCAA